UGUUGCUUUGCGGCGUUUUCCGCGGGGAAACUGUGUAAAGGGUGGGGAAACUUGAAAGUUGGAUGCUGCAGACCCGGCAUGGGUAGCAAGAAACUAAAACGAGUGGGUUUAUCACAAGAGCUGUGUGACCGUCUGAGUAGACAUCAGAUCCUUACCUGUCAGGACUUUUUAUGUCUUUCCCCACUGGAGCUUAUGAAGGUGACUGGUCUGAGUCAUCGAGGUGUCCAUGAACUUCUAUGUAUGGUCAGCAGGGCCUGUGCCCCAAAGAUGCAAACGGCUUAUGGGAUAAAAGCACAAAGGUCUGCUGAUUUCUCACCAGCAUUCUUAUCUACUACCCUUUCUGCUUUGGACGAAGCCCUGCAUGGUGGUGUGGCUUGUGGAUCCCUCACAGAGAUUACAGGUCCACCAGGUUGUGGAAAAACUCAGUUUUGUAUAAUGAUGAGCAUUUUGGCUACAUUACCCACCAACAUGGGAGGAUUAGAAGGAGCUGUGGUGUACAUUGACACAGAGUCUGCAUUUAGUGCUGAAAGACUGGUUGAGAUAGCAGAAUCCCGUUUUCCCAGAUAUUUUAACACUGAAGAAAAGUUACUUUUGACAAGUAGUAAAGUUCAUCUUUAUCGGGAACUCACCUGUGAUGAAGUUCUACAAAGGAUUGAAUCUUUGGAAGAAGAAAUUAUCUCAAAAGGAAUUAAACUUGUGAUUCUUGACUCUGUUGCUUCUGUGGUCAGAAAGGAGUUUGAUGCACAACUUCAAGGCAAUCUCAAAGAAAGAAACAAGUUCUUGGCAAGAGAGGCAUCCUCCUUGAAGUAUUUGGCUGAGGAGUUUUCAAUCCCAGUUAUCUUGACGAAUCAGAUUACAACCCAUCUGAGUGGAGCCCUGGCUUCUCAGGCAGACCUGGUGUCUCCAGCUGAUGAUUUGUCCCUGUCUGAAGGCACUUCUGGAUCCAGCUGUGUGAUAGCCGCACUAGGAAAUACCUGGAGUCACAGUGUGAAUACCCGGCUGAUCCUCCAGUACCUUGAUUCAGAGAGAAGACAGAUUCUUAUUGCCAAGUCCCCUCUGGCUCCCUUCACCUCAUUUGUCUACACCAUCAAGGAGGAAGGCCUGGUUCUUCAAGAGACAUUUUGCUCUGUCACCCAAGCUGAACUGAACUGGGCUCCAGCAAUCCUCCCACCUCAGCCUCCUGAGCAGCUAGGACUACAGGUGUGCCACCAUACCCAGCUAAUUUUUUAAUUUUUUGUAGAGGUGGGGUCUCAUUACGUUGCCCAAGCUGAUCUCAAACUCCUGGCUUCAAGAGAUCCUCCCACCUCAGCCUCCCAAAGCGCUAGGAUUACAGAUAUGAGACUUUGCCAUUCCAAUGAGAAUUUUGUCCUUAGCAAUCUCAUCCAAUGGCCGCUGGAGAUGUGUGUAGGGCCACAAGAAUGAGAAAGGGGGCAAUGGAGUGACAGGUGACCUGCUCAGGUGCCCCUCCCCAGACCAAAUGUCCCAGGCACACAGCCCAUGCCCUCCACCAUGGAGUACAUUUUCUCCCUGGCUUGCUGCUGAGCUAAAGGACCAGGGAUGUGGAAACAGGAGGUGAACUAAGGCACCCCGCCACCCACUGUGGCAGCUUGAGUUUCUUGAGGCUGAGACAAACUAGGAUCCAGUAGCCUAGAUUUUGCCCCAGUUUCUCCACUGAGUAUUUACUCAGUGCUCCUGAGCCGAUGCCUUCCCCUCUGCCUAGAUGAACCACAGCAUUUUGGUAAAUGCCUCAGCAUGUUAGGAGCGCUGGAACGUUUAUUCUCUUCCCUCCCAAUUAUCCACUCUAAUGGAGCAGAACACUUACAUGGAAAAUCCUAAACAUGGAAGAUGAUUUAAAAAUGAUUCACCCUGGAGUACAUGCUUCCAGUUGCUUCUACAUGUUUACCUUGCUAAAGGCAUUUCGCUUCCUUUGCUGUUACAAUAAGCUUGCCUGCCUUGAAGAAAAGAAGGCCACGGCCAAAGGGAAAUCAGUCAAGGGAGCCUGUUUUGUCUGAAAUAAUGCAUCUAUGAACAAAUGAAUUGAGUAUAACUGUCUUUUUACAUCAGUGUUUCUGUGGAAUUAAGAGAACAUCCAAGGCCACUCCUAGCUUGAGUAGAUUAAAUUUGUCCUUGUGUUUGGAGCAAGGGUUGUGAAGUCUGUCUGGCCCAUCAAAUGACCAAUGGCUUUUAAGGAAGGACUAAGUGACUUAUGACCAGAACAAGGGAGCAGCCUGAGUCAGUCUCCCCAAUGUCUACAUCGUGUUAUUUAUACUAGCAAAAAAAUAGACACAACCUAAAUGUUCGACCAUAUGGUAUUAGUUAAAUUAACAUCUAUAUGAUGGAAUACUAGAUAGUCAUUAAAAUUAUGUGCCAGAAGAAGGCUUAAUCUCAUGGGAAAGUGUUCACACCAUAUUAUUAAAGAGAAAAAACAGAUUAUAAAGCAAUAUGCAUACAAUGUAGUAGUUCUGUAAGAAAAAAGUAUUAUGUGCAUUUUAACUGGAAAAAUAAUGUAUAAAAAUGUUAACAGUGCAAUCUCUGGGCAAUAAGAUUAUACUUGACUUUUAUUUCUUUUUCGGAAUUGUCUUUUUUUUUUUUUUUCAAGUUUCCUCCCAUUAACAUGCAUGUUCCCAAAUCAGGGGAAAAAUACAUUAAGAAAAAAAGAUUAUCUGAGAGACCAGCAGAUGUGUUUCCUGUUUCUUAUCCCAUGUCUAUUCUCCAUUUUAUAUUGGAGAUUCAAAUUCUUCAGCCCUUUCCACAACAGAUACUUCUGGGGCAAGAGGCACAGAAUAUCUGAUAUCCUAAACAACAUCACCAGGGUGAAUUUCUCACUGACAGUAACAGCUUUGGAAAGGUUUUGUUUCUACCUGGCACUGGGAAUUAAUCGUACCCAAACUUUUUUUUUUCUAAUCAGUAAUGAGCAUCUCCAAGGGGUCCUAGAAGGGUUCCAGGGGUUCAUGGAGGACAAUUAUAAACCUUGACAGCUGCUCGGUGGGUUUUCAACCAUGGGGGUGAUUCAUCCCUUCUCGUAAGCCUUUUCAUAGCACCCUACGCUCAGAGUUUUGAAAAUGUGACAAGAAAGAAAGGGGCUGGGGAGAACAAUGGCCCUUCUCCUUUUAUGGAAGGAUGAUGAAGGGAAUUGGGAAGAACAAAACUAAGGGACUAAGACAAUUCAGCUUUUUUUGUCUGGCUCAUAGGACCGUGUUCCCCAUAGAGUAAUGCCCAAUGAGUGGAGGAAGGGAGUAAUAAAUGAGUUCAUAGAAGGAAACAGCUGGGCUGCUGUAAAAGCUCCUGCAAAACAGAUAGGCCUGGCACAUGCCAUUUCUGUCACAGGUUUUAAAGAACCUAUCUAGCUUUCAGCUACUCCUCAUCACCACCUCCUACAGAAGCAGAGUCAAGAUCAUGUCUCUUCCCAUCGUAAGGAAACAGCACUGUGAAUGUUCCAGCUGUCCUGAAGUCACUAAUCCCAUCAGGGGCAGACAUUGGCAACACACCCAGAAGGUGGUGGGGAGUGCAGCUGUCCUCCUGGCCGACUGUUCCAGCCAGUCACCUCUGCUGCUCCAAGGGUGCCACGUUACCUAAUUCUGGUUCACGGUCAGAUGGCGGCUUUUCUCGGCCAGCUUGUCCUUAGAAAAUUCGUUCCCUUGUUGUAUUGGAAAAUUCCUCUUGUGCCUGUCAUUGCACACAUCAGGAGACCAAGGUUUCCAUUUUCUCAGAAGAAAUUAGCCAGCUACUGUCAUUGACAUGAAGCCUGUUCCUGGAAUUUUUUACUCCUCCUCUUAAAGGCAUAUUCUGGAAGAGGCAAUCUGAGAAUGGGGCCCAUGCUCUCCUACAACAGAUAAAUAAACUGAGGCUAGGCCAGGAGCUGUGCACCGUCUGGGGGAACCAUACCCAGUGGGGAGUGGCCAGAUCAGUCCCAACACUGAAAUUGUUUACUAUCAUCCACUCCUGGUUGUUAGGGGACAUUGAGGAUGACAGGAUAGAGAGUAGGGAAGGAAGGAUCAGCCAAGGAACAUUUUCCCUAUAAAAUGAGACUCCCACUACUCCUGCCCUUGUUAAGACUUCAUACACUAUGGAAUACUAUGCGGCCAUAAAAAGAACAAGAUCAUGUCUCUUGUAGGAACAUGGUUGGAGCUGGAGGCCAUUAUCCUUAUGAAACUAAUGCAAGAACAGAAAACCAAAUACCACAUGUUCUUACUUGUAAGUGGGAGUUAAAUGGUAAGAACUUAUGAACACAAAGAAGGAAACAUCAAACACUAGGGUCUACUC